AUGGACCGAAGAUGUUUCGCCAUUCUCUGUCACCUACUGAGGACCAUUGCUGGACUAACGUCGACGGAAGUCGUCGAUGUUGAGGAGAUGGUAGCAAUGUUCCUCCACAUUCUUGCGCACGAUGUGAAAAAUCGUGUCAUUCAACGAGAGUUCAUGCGGUCGAGUGAGACAAUUUUCCGCCAUUUCAACAUGGUCUUGUUGGCCGUCAUUCGACUUCAUGAGGAGCUUUUGAAAAAACCACAACCAGUGCCAAUGAAUGCACAGAUCAAAGAUGGAGGUGGUUUGAGUUAUGCGUUGCAGAAUUGCCUAGGUGCAUUAGAUGGAACGUACAUAAAAGUCAACGUUCCAGCAAGUGACCGCGCUAGGUAUAGAACACGCAAGGGGGAGGUGGCCACAAAUGUACUUGGCGUGUGUGACAGGAAAGAAGAUUUCGUUUACGUACUUGCCGGUUGGGAAGGAUCAGCUGCGGACUCACGCAUCCUCCGUGAUGCCCUUUCAAGACCUAAUGGGCUUAAGGUGCCCAAGGGCUAUUACUACUUGGUUGAUGCCAGGUACCCAAAUGCGGAGGGUUUCCUAGCACCAUACAGAGGCCAACGCUAUCACUUACAAGAAUGGCAUGGCCCUGAAAAUGCACCUUCAACGUCGAAAGAGUUCUUCAAUAUGAAACAUUCUUCUGCUCGUAAUGUAAUCGAAAGAGCAUUCGGUGUCUUGAAGGGUCGAUGGGCGAUACUGCGGGAAAAGUCAUACUAUCCUGUAGAAGUUCAAUGUCGCACAAUACUCGCAUGUUGUCUCCUCCACAACCUUAUCAAUAGGGAGAUGACAAACUUUGAUAUAGAAGACAACAUAGAUGAGGUUGAUUCCACCCACGCGACUACUGCCACCGAUGACAUACAUUACAUAAAGACGUCGAAUGAGUGGAGUCAAUGGAGGGACGACCUUGCAGAAGAAAUGUUUACUGAAUGGGAGUUGCGUAACCAAUAG